AAGCUUAAAUUGAUAAGGGUCCAACGACAAUUAUAUCGAGUUGUUAGUGGAUAACGUGUACAUGUUUAUAAAGAAGUCUGAUGGACCUGAUAUGAUUGUGUUUUAAGACAUUCUUGUAACAUUAAUGUUUUUUCUCUAAGUAUGUGGAUGAUAUUUGUGAUUUUGAGCGUUACUCUUGGAGUUUAUUUCUAUGUUUACAAAUCCAGGAGAUCCAAUCUACGAAGAAUUCACGGCAAAGGACAAGGUGUUUUUAUAACAGGAUGCGACACUGGAUUUGGCUAUGAUCUUGCGAAGCGACUUGAUGGUUUAGGGUUUCGUGUGUUUGCUGGGUGUUUGAAUAGUAAUGGCAAAGAGGCUGGAGAACUUGCGAGAUCUUGCUCGAACCUUCUCCAUGUAGUCCAACUAGAUGUCACCAAAGAGGACCAGAUAACAGCUGCAAAAGCCUAUGUAGAAACAGUUCAUAAGAAUACCGGAUGUGGUCUUUGGGCCCUUGUGAACAAUGCUGGGAUCGACUGUUUUGGUGACAUCGAGUUUUGUCCUAUGGAGCUUUACAGACGUGUGGCCGAUGUCAACCUCUUUGGGAUGGUGCACGUGACGAAAACUUUUCUCCCAAUGAUCCGAAAAUCAAAGGGUCGAGUGAUUAACAAUACCAGUGUCAAAGGUCGCCUGUCUCUCCCAAGGAUAUCUGUAUACGGAAUAACGAAGUACGGGGGUGAAAAUUUCUCAGACUGUCUCAGACUGGAAAUGAGGAAAUUUGGAGUGAAGGUGGUCAUAGUCGAGCCGGGGGAGUUCGGGGGAGUGACCGGCAUUUUGAGCGGCAGUAAUUUAAAGAGAUUACAAGAUGACAAAGAAACCAUGUGGAAAAAAGCUGACCCGGAAGUGAAACAGGUGUACGGCCAGAAAUACUUAGAAUCUCAGUUUUCCGGACUAGAAAGAGCAGCAGACACUUCGUGCCGUACGACGACUCCUGUAAUCGACGCGUUUGAAGACGCUGUUACCCUGGAAAAUCCAAGAACCCGAUAUCUGGUCGAUGGCGGCCGAGGGCUGUUUGAUAAGUAUUGUCUUUAUGCCAGGCUGAAUUGCUUCUUGCCUACUGCAUGGAUGGAUUUCUUAGUAGAUCGAUGGUUCAACUCUUUGGGAAUAGCAGAAAUAGGAACAUGAAUGAUGUUCAUCUUAAGGACCUGUGUACUAUUGACUUUCUUGCGAUUGUGAAUUUGGAUCCUUGAUUUUUUAUUGACGCAAAAACAAAUGAAUGUUAUAUAUCAUGAUUGUUCAAGGUUAAAUUUCUCCAAAGGUUGCUCAACAACCAUUAACAAAUAUAUAUCCUAUCCAAUAUACACGUAUAUAAAGCACUAAAAAUGGCUACCGACACGAACAA